CCGGAUGCGGCCAUGGUUUCGUUUUUAAGGGUGGUCGGUACCGCGCAACACAACUUCCCCCUUGCACACUCUGCGUGCCGUGCGCUGCUUCACACGGGAAGCUGCAGCUUUGGUGCAGGGCCCUCCGAGCCUGCGGGCCAGACCACCCUCUCCCCACAAAUUUCAUCGUGCCUGCUGUGAGAAGAUCUUGGAAGAGCUUUCAGAGACUUAACUGAAGGAGAGAAUAUUUACCAGGAGUGAGAAAAGACAAUGGAUCCAGACUUUUUAAAUGUUUUUACACAACCUGCUCAGCUUAAUCAGUUCCUGGCUGAGAAUGUCAUUGCUCAAGGUGAGAAGAGGAAACUCAUAAAGCCGACCUCAAACAACAAUGCCAAAUUGGAAGACUUAAAACUGUUGCUGAUUGACUGGAUCAACACAACUCUGAAAGAGGAACAUAUAGUAGUUAGAAGUCUGGAAGAAGAUCUAUAUGAUGGGCUGGUACUUCAUCAUCUUUUGGAAAACCUAGGAUCUCUCAAGCUGGAUGUUGACAAGAUUGCAUUAACAGAAAAAAAACAGCGACAGAAACUCUCUGUGAUUCUGGAAGCUGUGGCUAAGUGUUUGCAACUGGAAGAAAGUCAGCUGAAAUGGAGUGUGGAAUCUAUCUUGACAAAGGAUUUACUGAGCACUCUGCAUCUUCUGGUUGCAAUAGCAAAGCACUUUGAGCCCAACCUAGCCAUGCCUCCAAAUGUUCAAGUGGAAACAAUAACCAUUGAGAACACCUCCAGAGGAUUAAAGACAGUAAAUGCAGUGGAAUAUAUCACAGAAAACAAAGAGAAUUUGGAAGCGCAGUCACAAGAUGAUGCCUUUGACGAAUUAUUUAGCCGUGCUCCAGAUAAACUGGAUGCUGUAAAAAAGGUAUUUUUGCAAUUUGUCAACCAACAUGUUGGAAAAUUAGGACUGAGUGUGAAAGACAUCGAAUCUCAGUUUGCAGAUGGAGUUAUCUUACUGCUGUUAAUUGGACAACUGGAGGGUUACUUUCUGAAUUUAAGGGAUUUCUACCUGACUCCAACCAGCACCAUGGAGAUGCUUCACAACAUUAACCUUGCGUUGGACUUGCUGGCGGAUGGAGGUCUUCUGAAUUUUUCUGUGAACUCUGAGGAUAUUGUGAAUGGAGAUAUGAAGACUACAAUGCGGAUUCUGUAUUGCCUGUAUUCCAAAUACAAGGCCAAGGAAACAUGAAGAGCAAGGCCAAAAGCUUGAGCUUAUUUUUUUUCCUUAUUUUUUUUUCCUAGCGUGUCAUUCAUGGUCUGAUUUUUUGAUUUCCAGCUGUAUCGGUGUUUAUGUGCAGGCAUUUGUAUUUGACACUUGCUGUACUAACAUUGUAUAGGCAAGUACGUAUCCAUGCAAGGUUUCACAUAUACCACCUGAAUAACUGUGAGUAGUGUGUAAGUGUGUGUCCAGGGCUGGUGUACUGUGUAAUUCUGUGGCUGUAGCUCUUGCUCCAGCCCUAUCUCUUGUUCUCUCAGAGCCCCACUAAUGCUGCAAAGAAAUGCGAUGUGUGUUCAUUAUGAACUGUGGAUUCUUUGCUAUGGGAGAGCAAUUUGAAAGCUGUUAUUGCAACCUCCCCAUUUCACUGCUUUUGAUGCACUUUGGAAACUAGAAAGGUGAAAGAUCCAUCAUGAUAUCUCUGGGAAGACUAUAGACAUGCUUGAAGCUUAAGCUCAAAACUUUCUUUAUAAAGGUGGCCAGAUGUUGUCACACAAGAGAAUGUGGAUUGGGCACUAAAUGAAUAGAUUGCUGAAAUGAAAUUUGAACUUAUUAAGUGUUUGAUAAAGGUUUCACCAUUUGCCUGCUCAAAUAUGGAAAGAGACCCAGAAUAACAUACUGGCAUGAGAUGGCAGUGACAGAUGGAUCUCCUGCACUCCUGUCGAAAGUUGCCCUUGCUUCCUUGCUAAGCUAAUGUCGAACUGUGGCCAGCUUCAGCCUUUUCCAGCUCUAGUGCUAUGUCCAACUAACAGGAAUGCUCAGUCUUGUGUCAAGCAUGUUGUAGGAGUGACUAUGAUGACCAUGCCUUCUCUCUAAUAAGAGCAGGAUGGAUGCUGGCUUCCUCUGCAGCUGGAAGAAUUAGAGGCCAUCAUGGCAUAGAGAAGUAAAACUCUUGGCUUCUGCCCCUUCUGACAGCAUACUUGUGCUGCAGGGAAUCUCAGACUCUUCUGAGACUCUUAUCUGAAUUUGUCUAGCAACUGACCCAAGCAUCCCAGCAGCUCCCUCUGGAUGUGACAAGGAUGCAGUUUAUAUCAGCUGUCACCCUCAGUCUUUCUCAGGAGUUGUAAAUCAGAAUUCCUUCAAAACCUCCAUCUACUCCCUUGAAAUUAUAAUUAUGUCAUAUUUGUGUUGCAUAAAGCUUGAGAUCUAAUUAAAAAAAAAAAGAGAGAUGCUUUGAUAUUAUUUUGGCUUCCAUCUAAACUGAUUUAAUUUCCUGUCAUCAGUGACUCUGACAUUUGAUCUCCUACCUGAUCCUCCAUCUGCGUGUUAACUGGGGAACUUAAGCUUGCCUAGUGUGAGUGCUGACAUUUACAGAUGAGAAUUUGUUGUGUCUACCUCCGAAUCACACAGCCUGAGAAAGAUCUUAGAUAGCAAUGCUGAUAAGUUUUUGAGUCUUACCUUUGAGAAUGGUAAUACUGCACAGCUAUUGGAGGAAAGAGUUCUGCAAACUGCCCUGAGCCUUAUCCUUUUUUCACCAAUAAUUACCUUGUUACAAUUUUUUAGAGAAGAAUCCAAUAUGUGGUGCCAAUGAGCUACAAGAAGAUCAUGCUUUUCUACUAAAUGUUAGUUGUGUGUGCCAUUUUGAACAAGUAAAGAAUACUCAUGGUUUUUUUCAUGUGCAAGUCUCCAUGAGUAUGUUGCUUUAUUCCUUAAUGGGCUUCAGACAGUCAACUGGGAGACCUGAGAAGGUUCACAGACUGCUGCUGCCAUUGCCAUAACAUGACAACUGGAUUGUAGAAUAAAUCAUUACUGAGCAGAUAAAAGUGGGAUGUGGUUGAUGGAAAGCAGGGGCAAAAGUGCAGGAGGGUGUUUGGUGGUGAUUCAGUAGUGACAUGGCCUUUUCCACUGAGGAAGUCAACUAGAAUCUCUUCCUUGAAGCUGGUGACCAGAAGCCACUUCUAGUGCUUGACUUCAGGCAUAAUCUAGAGAGGGGAUUAGCUGGUGCUCCCCUGGUCAGAUGGUUAUCACUGCUCAAGGAAACAGUUGGGUUUUUCUCUUCAUGUUCAGAGUUUUGUGGUCAGCUCCUCCAGCAUAAUUAAAUCCAGUACUUGUACUGAUAGGUUCCUGUCAGGGGAAGUCCAGUUCUUGGUAUUUAAUAAAUAAAAGGGUCCUAUUCUGUUCUGAGCACCACCUUUCCUAAACCUGCUAUGAACACACAGGGAAAAAAAAAUGACAGCUAAUGUGCUUGGAUAAAAAAUAUAGCAAGACCAGAAUCGAAUGUCUUAGUCUCUUUUUUUUUUAUGCUGCAAGCCAAUUUAUUACAUACUUUAUGUCUCUGAAUGCUUUGAUAAAGAGUCUGGGUUUGACUUCUAAAAUUCACUACAGAAUUUUAUUAAUCCAUCCUUCAGGCAUCCACUCCAUAAACUCUUGUAAGAUAUACAAGUGCACUAUUUACAUUUGAGACGCAGUCACAGACUUGGCAUAAUUUAGUACUGAAUAUAAAAUGACAGAACUAAAAAGAAUAUUUUGACAGUAUGAAACUGGAGAAAAAAGAACUAUGUAUUAUUGUUCUCAGAUGUUAAUUUUGCCUUAUAUAGAAGUAACCUGAUUCUCUUUUUUCUUAUAAGUUAAUGAAAACCAAAAGCCACUUACUGGUUAAGAUGGCAAAUUACCUAUGAUACUUUGAAUAAACUAAGCUUUAUGUGAGCCCCUUCGUUGACACAUAAUUCACUUUACAAUUUUCACAUUUAAAUCCUAGGUAGUUAGCUGUUUGUGGUGGAAGAAAAUGAUGGACUGUUAAGAUGCUGGGUUUUCUUAUUGUGCUGUGUAGCUAGGUAUGCAAGCCUAACUGCUAUGACUGUUCAGUUUUCCAACAGAGUCAUUGACUGACUGUGUCUUACUUGAUUUCCAAGGGAGAACAUGUAGUUUGUUUAUGUUUUAAAUAGCCAAUAAAUGGUCCAAGAAUUUCUGAGCCAGAGAAGAGCCCCUGCAGGAACUUCUGUUGUUAUCCUUGUCUCAAAGAUAACUGGCCUGGUGGCUUCAUGGCAAGGUAACAGCCGGGGCGUGGAACAGAUCUGAAAUGUUUCUUACUCCUACUUGCUGGCAUCUUUCUGUGGUCUCAUUUUUCCAAAAUACGUGGCCUUGGAACUAUACAGUCAACUGUCCAGAGGUGGAGUGGCAAGGCUCUCUGGGCAGAAGGUACCACAAUGACUUUAAGGCAAGCAGCAGAUGCACAAAAGUUUUUGUUAAGAUGAUCAAGGGACUGAGAUAGGCACUGUCUGAAAAGCUUGGGAAAGCAAAUUGGAGAUCUGUCCAUGCUGUCAAAGCCCCUUCUCCUCCUCAUGAGGUACCUCUUAAGAUUGCAUUGCCCUUUUUUAUUUCCAUAUCCUCCUAAGGCCACAGAUGUGCACUUCCAGGAAAGGGCAUCUAAACUCCAGAUGGAAAAUGCUGGGAGCCCACAAAUACUUUUGAUGGGUGAGAGCAGCACCUAUACUCACUCCUCUGUGGUGAUGCCUAUUCUUAGUGUAUAGCCUCUUCUUUCUUCUCAUUUGUUUCCUUUUCUCUUAUUCUUUUCCUAUGGUCUCUAUUGCAUUUCUUCUUGCAGGGAGACAACUCCACAGUUGCUUCCAAAAGUCUCUUUGGCAAUUAGGCUUUCAAACCAAGACAGCAGCUAAUUCAAAUUCUUCCUCUCUGUGAGCUCAAAGGGCGUGUGUGUAUGUAUCGAUGUGAAGGGUUUUUGCUGUUCUUUCUCUUACAGGCUGCUAAGAUUUCCCCAAAGAAUAAAAGCCAUAGUCAGUUUUUACACAAGUGAUUUUUUAUUUUCUAGUCAGUUAACAUUAAUAUAAAGAAUAAAUGAAAGUGUUAGUGUGUAGGAAAUAAAAAAAGCAUUUUACUGUGGAGAUGGAUGGGUUUCCUGUGCCAUUUGAAUGGUGGCAAGGUGACCAGGACACAAUGAGUAAGAUAGGAAAAGAUUAGUUUUGAGACUAGAGAUAAUGAAGUCAAGAGAAUAGUACUGUAGACUGAAAUAUCCUUGUGUUCCCAUAUUCUCCAUGAGCAAAUUGUACUUUCUAUAACUUAAAAAUGAAAAAAAACCCCAACAAACUCACAAGAAAUCACCCUCUAUAUCUUUGGCAUUUUGAUUUCAACAGUGUACCUUUGCCAUUGCCAUUUGCCUUUAGCACUUCCAAAUUUCUAAGCCUUUCCCACCCCAUGUCAUUCCUUUACAACUGGAGUCCUCUAAGCCAUUCUACUCCAGCAACUGGCUAAAAUUAAAUGUUUUAAGGAUUUUAUCCAUUUGUUCCCCAUCUCAGGCUCUGCUUAAUGAAUUCACAGACCUUGGCUAGAAACCAAUAAAAGAACGUGAAAUAACAGGUAAAUAUUAGAGGAGAAGGGGGGAGCUUGGUCAAUAAACUGAUUAAUUUUGUCUGUAGAACAGUGGCUGAAUGCUUGGAUAGGUCCUAAAGUUUUGCUGUCAGCCAGUGUUGAGGAAUUGCAAUUCAAGUGCUUCAUACUGUCUCUUCCACCUGUAUUCCAGGUACCCAUCAGGCUUUAUGUCCUCUAGAAAGCUGCAGUCUGCUGGGCUCUUCCUUAUGCUGUAGGGAAUAUGUGCUCCAUAGCAAUUGGGCGAUUUAGUUUCUUUUUGGGAAAUGGAACCUGACUGAAGUUGUGCCCAUGAUAGCUGAAAUCUAUGAACUGAAAUUCCUAUAAUGUAAUGAAAAUAUGUUCUUUUUCCAUCUUUUCCCCAUUUAUUUCCCCCAUUUCCCCAUUGGAGAAACAUUUUAUUUUAAUGAAAGCAUGUCAACCAUCACAUUCAAUCAUCAAGCCUUCUUCUAGCUUCUGACUUUUGUAUGUGUUUUUCCCUCUGGGUAUUUAAGUACUUUCUCAUUCUUACUCCUUGCCCUGCCAAUUUUUCUCCCUAUUUUAUCUUCCUUAUGCUGCUAGCCCAGAUGGUCAAACAGCUGCCCUUCCUCAGUGCCUGCUUUUUCCCCUCUCCAUGGUCAGAGCGGCUGGGGUGUCACUGGGAAGGUAUCUUCUAAAGAAGUCAUAUUUGCAAUGCAAAAAAGCUGUGAAAAAAAUCUGGAAACACCAACUGGCUGCUCUGUAUAAGAAUUUUAAAUGUUUCUCAGUGGUAUGCCAGAAGAAUUCCUUUAUCCUUCUUCCAACACAAAAGAAUAAUCAAAGAAAGAAGAUAGUGUUUUGACUGAUAUUAGGGAUGCAGAAGUACAUCCAGAUCACAGUAAUGAACUAAUUUUCCAUCCCUGUGUAACCUUUUGAAGGCAGCUAGGUUAUGUGCAUGUGUCUGUGUGUAGUUUUUCUGGAUGUGUUCCCUUUUUGGCAGGAAAAUGUUGAAUAGAGAGGUUUUGAACAUUUAUAAAUGUUGAGAAAUCCAGCAGAUCAGACUCCUCUGACGCAGUUAUUGUACUCUCGGAUUUUUGUGGUCCUAUGUGGGAUUUCUGGAUACUGAUCUCCCCUGGAUGCAUCAUGUUCACAUGUGCAAGUGGAAAUAGGUAUGUGUAGAUCAUACUUCAUUGUUGUGACACCUCAGGUUUGCUCUCUGUUCACUCUGCAGGUUUUAUGCACAUACUUCUGUAUAAGAACUAUUGUUAUGGUGAUGGCUUUCAUCCAUAGCAAGCAAUGACAGAAGGCUGGACAUCUCCUAAGGUGAAGCUUGGGGGUUGUUUUUGGGACAAUUACAGCAAAGACAAGAGGAAUACAGCUCUUAUAACAAAAUUCUACCAAAUUAGUGUAUCUUAGGCAUGAGAAAUUUAAGCAUGUAAUUUCCAUAUGCAACUACCAGUAAAACUUGAGGCCUAGUAGUAUACAGACUUAAGAGACACAGGUUUGAUCUCAGUGUUUUCUUAGUUCUUAAAGUUACUCAUGAGAUCACCAGCAAGACUUUGUUUCUCUUGUUUUGAAAGGACAUUGAUUCUUUUUAUGGUUUAGUCUCGAAAGGCAGUGAAGUGUAUAGAGAAAGGAGUUUUCUAGGGUCAUAGAAUCAUAAUCAUUCCAGUUGGAAAAGACCUUCAAGAUCAUCAAGUCCAACCACUAACUGUCCUCAUUGAGGCCCAUCUAGGAACAAAGGAUCACAAUCAGCUAUGUGUACUGAGGGCCUUUGCAGUGGUCUAAAGACCGGGAGGACUAACUCUUCACUUAAAGUUCUGGUCAAAACAUACAGGACUACCCAACUUGAGGAAGAAAAGGAAACAAUUUAUUCCACCUCCAACUAAAACACAACAAAUGGAAGUAUCCAGCUGAAAGCAAUACAGAGUAGGGUAAAUGAUGAGUAGUACAACCAGCCAUUAAAUCAUAGAAUCAUAGAAUGGUAGGGGUUGAAAGGGACCAUUAAAAUCAUCUAGUUAAACCCUGCUGCAGAAGCAGGUCCACCUAGAUCAGGUCUCACAGGAACGCGUUCAGGACAGUCUUGAAGACCUCCAAGGAAGGAGACUACACACCCUCCCUGGGCAGCCUGUGCCACUGCUCCAUCACCCUCAUAAUGAAACAGUUUUUUCUUAUGUUUAAAUGGAACUUUUAGUGUUCCAGCUUCAUCCCAUUACCCCUUGUCCUGUUGCUAGAUACAAUAGAAAAAAGGGAAGCCUCAUCCUCUUGACAUGCACUUUUCAAAUACUUCUAAGUAUGAAUGAGAUCCCCCCUCAGUCUCCUCUUCUCCAGGCUGAACAGCCCCAGAUCUCACAGCCUUUCCUCAUAAGGAAGAUGCUCCAGUUCCCUGACUAUCUUGAUGAUCUCUGCACUGAACUCUCUCUAGAAGUUCUCUGUCUCACUGGAGCUGGGGAAGCCAGAACUGGAUACAGUACUCUGGAUGAGGCCUCACCAGGGCAGAGUAGAGUGGGAGAAGAACCUCCCUUGACCUGCUGGCUACACUCUUCUUGAUGCAUCCCAGGAUGUCAUUGGCCUUGUACAGGGCUACAGCUGCACUCUCACCACAGGCUGCAGGGGGCGCUGCUCCUCCCUUCCUCCUCCUCUGACUAUGUAGUCACCUCCAUCUUGUCCUACCCUUCCACCUCCUUCACAAACUACAAAUUUCCCUUCUUAAAUAGCAAUGGCAGAGGCGCCAGAUUGGCCUGGCCAGGCUGGAGGUGGGCCCAACUCAGAGCUGGGGGAUGUUUUGAGAACUGCUUACUGGGACAGCACUGCAACCCCCUCCAACUGUUACCAAGCAAAAAGCAGCUCCACACAAACCCAUCACAUUAACCCAGUACUGCCAAGCCCACCCCUAAACCGUGUGCCUCAGCACCUCAUCUACAUGUCUCUUUUGGACAUUAAGCUAAAAGGGCAAAAACUGUUGAUAUAAUUUUUUAUAGGGGAUCCCCACUGUAGAAAUGUUGACUCUGGCUUGCUGCUAAGUUUAGAAACCAUAUAAAAUGUAUACCAUGUACUUUAUAUGGAGCAGAUGGCAGAACAGGCUUUACUGGUUGCAGUGUGUCAAGUAACAGAUUGUCUAGAAAAGUUUGCUUGCUUUUGGCAGACGAUUUAAUUUAGCUCAUAGCAUGUUACUGAAGUUCACUGCACAUCUCUACGAAAGUGGGCAGCUAACACAUUUUAU